AUGCUGUGUAUGAAGGGGAGGAUAAUAUUUUCAAUACUGGUGGAGACAGUGGGCACUGUGCUGGGCCUAUUGUUCUUAAGAGGCUUCAGUCUGUACACUUUUAUUGCGCUGUCUGCUCUUACCUUACUUUUAAUCCUUUUUACGGGGAAAAUGGAUCCUGGGACACUGGCGAGGAGAAACUCAGAAUACUACAGCAUGGCUCUUUUUGGAGGGUACAGCUAUAAAAACAUACAGAAGAACGGUGCGAUUGCAGGAAGGUCUUUUGAAAAAAAAGGAAGAGUUCUGCACUCGGAGGUAUUCUGUAACACAUGUGGCAUAUUUAGGCCUGCAGGCACUUCGCACUGCCGGGCGUGCGAUAGAUGCAUUUCAGUGAUGGACCACCACUGCGUGUGGCUGAGCAACUGCAUAGGAGAGAACAACUAUCCAUUUUUCAUGAAUCUUCUAUCUGUGGAGACUGCCAGGGCAGGAGUGCUUCUUUCUUUCAGGUUUCAACAGACAUUUCCUGUUUUGGAAGCGAGUUUGAGCAGUUUUUAUUUCUAUUCUACUCUCUUUGGAACAUGCAUUCUGAGCGCUUUUGUUGCCAUGCUUUUUCUCUACUUUAUGUGGCUCAGCUUGAAGGGCGUUUCCUCGCGGGCAUUCUGCAAGAAUAAAACAACCCAUGCGAGCAAGUAA